CUGCGCAACCGCCCCAUCACCGAGGAAGAGCAGGAGGAAAUCAGGUCGCGCUACCCGGAAAUAUUCGAGAAGUGCCUGGAGACCGCUGGUUCGUUCAUGCACGAGUUCGACACCCGCUCCGCAUUCAGCGUUUCGGAAGAGGAAAGGGUAGAGCAAUACGAGAAGCUGUGGAGCGAGCCGGGCUUCAAGAAGUGGCUGAGCAACUUCUACGAUGUGAUGAUGCCCGGCCCGGCCAACGAGGACUACGCCGAGUUCUUCCGCAACAAGAUCCGAGAGCGGGUCAAGGACCCCAUGGUGGCCGAGAUGCUCGCCCCCAAGGACCACAUGUUCGGCUCCAAGCGGCUGCCCUGCGAGAGCGGCUACUACGAGGUCUACAACCAGGACAACACCGCCGAUGCCCACUACGAGUUUGAUGUAAUCAUCUACGCCACCGGCUACGACGCCGUUACCGGCUCCCUCAACCGGAUGCACAUCCAGGGAAAGAAUGGCCUCACCCUCCAGGAGAAGUUUGCGGAGGGGCCACGCACCUUCAUGGGGAUCCAGAGCGUCGAUUUCCCCAACUUGUUCACCAUCAAUGCAGCCUCCGUGGGCAACUUUGUGCGCGCCGCCGAGCCGCUCGUGGAGUGGAUCAGCGAGUGUGCAGUGAGUGCGUGCGGGCCACCAGCGCGAUUCACGCGGAGCAGACACCGCCCCACCCGGCAAUCUGAGGAUGAGUGGACACAGCACAUGAUCGAAGGGGGCAAGAAUAUCCUUCGAACGCAGGCCGACAACUGGUUUGUGGGAGCGAACAUCCCGGGCAAGGCCCGUUUCCUUCUCACGGCUCCUGAUACUGCUCCGGUAAUGCGGGCCAAGCGCGCAGAGAUCGCAUCCGACGGCUACAAGGGCUUCAACCUGGAAUAG